AAUGCUUCUGCUCGUUCUCGCCCAUCUUGGGGAUGGCAAAGCAUCCUUUAUAGUCGAGAGCUAUUGGAAGUGAGCUUUGAUGACAGAUUGGCAGUGGUAAAAUAGUGUAUCUGCUUCAUUUUAGUUGGAUCCCGAGGUUACAUCCUCAGGCCCCAACUUAUAACCCUAAUAUUCUACUGGACAUUGGUGAUCUCUUGGUAGCAGAGGUUUUCUGCCCAAGGGAAGGACGAUGGUUGAUCAGAAACUCAGCCAGUGGUUCGACCCAACAACCUGUCGUGUCAUUAAAGACAUUUCUCUUCCUUGUCGAGAGGUGGAGGAUAGAUUAAUAUGACAUGGCUUCGCUGACGGGGUUUUCUCUGUUAACUCUGCCUAUCAUUUUGUUGUCCUGUUAGAUAAGUAGAGAGGUAGAUGGAGAUCCUUGGCUAGUUGGAUGGAUAGACCUAGUUGGAUUAAAUUGUGGGAAGCAAAUAUAUCCCCGAAGUUGAAAGUGUUUGUCUGGAAAAUUUUCAACAGAAUCUUGCCAACGACGGAAGCUCUAAUAGAGAAAAAUGUUGAGAUACUUCCUCGUUGUCCUAUUUAUUGGGCAGAAUCAUAAACAAUGGAGCACUUGUUUCUUGACUGCCCAGUAGCUAGGUCUUUAUGUAAUCGAGUCUUGAAUAUCUUGGCCAGGGUUUGCCUCGCCCCACCUUCCUCUAUUCCUAAAGAAAUUGAUGUUACUCAUAGGUCAACCUCAACUUUUCAUGGAAAUGGUGGUCAUCCUUUGGUGGAUCUGGCGAUCCCGGAAUUGGGUUGUAUUUGAGGGCAAACAGUUUAGCAUCCCUGCUCUGAUGCGUCAAUUCCACCAACAAUACCAGGAAUGUGUUAGUUUGCCACCUGCCCAGUUUCCCCAGUGUUAUGCCUCCCCACCUCAUCCCUUAGAUAUUGUCCACCCAAAUGCGGUAGUUUGUAUGUGGGAUGGGGCAACUAAAACUGGGUCUCAUUUGGCCGGCGGGAUUUCAGAAUCAAAGUGGAAAAGUCCUCUUGGUUGCAGGAGCGCAGUUUUCUGUGUUGUAUGAUCCUCUGGUUGUUGAAUUGCUAGUUCUCUAUGAAACUAUUCUCUGGUGUCUAAGCCUGGGAUUUACAGAGAUUAGAUUUGAGGGGAUGCCAAAGUGGUAAUUGACAAGAUCAAUUGGGUUGAUACCCAGGAUAAUCGCCUAGGGACCAUUCUUGAAGAGGUCGUGCAUUAUUUUGCGAGUCACAGCGGGCUUAGUGUGCGGUUUGUAGGACGGUGUAGCAAUAGGGUAGCCCAUUUGGUGGCUGGAAGACCCCUUUCUUUGUACCCGAUUACGAAUCGUUUCUUUGAUUUUCUUGCCUGACUUCAGUCCAAAAUAUAAUUAUCUCUUCUUAACUCGAUCACACAACAAAGUAAUCGACAAAACGAGAUCAAGAAGAGAAAAUAUGACUGUCUUUGUUACUCCUCGAUCACACAACAAACAAGCAAGCACUUUGUUUACUAUGAACUGCCGUUUUGGGUGGCUUGUUCGUGAAGCAACUAAUAUCAACACUCUCAAAACUCAAGUCUGUUUCAGACUUUCAAUAGCCUGCAUAAAGGAAACAGAGAGAGCGCACAGUCACAGAGCAAUUCCGAUGGAGUCGAUUCAAGUCCAAGAAAUGAGCACCCAAGAAGUCCUCAAUCAAGAACUCCACAACAUCCAGGAAACCAAAGAAGCAGCGGAAUCAAUCGACCUCGCCGUCCUCCGCCUGAACGCCGACGACGACCACCACCACCAUUCUUCUCACUCUCCCUGCCAAUCCUGCGGUUGCUCCGGCGGCCCCUCUUCCUCCAGAAAGAACAAGCGCCGCUCGUCAGACGUGGGUUCUUUCUCCACUCCUCCCCUGUCCCCAGCCGCCGUCGCGGAGAACCCAGAACGUGAUUCCCGAUUCCAGCUCUCCAAGAGGCCCAAGAAGCUGUUCACCGACUCGUCUCCUGAAACCCUCGCCGGCGUUGUCAUUCCGCAGGGGUUUUCUAAAAUCGCUCUCCCUCUCCCCGCCCAAUCGGUUUCUCCACCACCAACGGGAUUCCCAGCUCCCACUGCCGCCCGAAAUUCCUCUCCCAUUCUCCGCCGCCCGCCUCCCUUGUUCUCUGGACUGGACGGCGGUUCUUCUCAAACCCUAACUCCUCAAUCGCCGCCCAUCAGUAGCGUCAUCCCGAACGAUUCCGCCACGCCGUCGUCCAAGGCGCCGGGAUCCUCUUCCCGUCCUCCCCUGCCGCCGUUGAGGAGAUCGUGGUCGCUACCGUCGCCUGACAAACCCGCUCCGUCGGGUUCCAAUGACGCGGUUUCAGCCAAUCCACCACACCAUGGAGAGAAGCUGAAGGCAGUUGGGAAUUGGAUCAAGGAGGUAGCUAAGUGGUGGGAUGAAUUUCACACUGUUGAUGAGAUUGCACCAGAGGUAGUCAACCCAGAAGAGAAGAAAGUCUCUGUUGAUGAUGGUGAUAGUGAUAUUGCUUCUAAUGCAGUUAAGCAGGAUGGCAAAGAAUCUGCAGGUUGUGAAGAGUCUGUGAACGUGGAGAGGACAGGUGAAUGCUUGAUCAUAAACUUCAAGUGUCCAUGCAAGAAAGGGUAUCAGAUUCUUCUCUCUGGAACCAGCUGUUACUACAAGCUCAUGUAGAUGAUUCACUGCAUGUAUAGACAGACUGCUGUACCUCAAUUCUUUAGGGGGUUUUACAUUGUUCAUAGAAUCUUCUUUCUGGAGUAAGCUUGCUGUUGGAGAAGUUUCUUAUGGAACGAGGAGAGUGUUUUUUUUUUUGUAUAGACAGAUGACAGGGUUUCUUACCAUCUCGCUCGAUGGCUACUUUACUUGCUCCCAUGUGAGCUAUGUUGUUGAUGAUAACGAAUAAAACUAGACUGUUCUUUGAACGGAUGUGUGAAGUGUGAUGCACUCUUAUGGUUUUCUUCUGCUAUUUGUAUGGAUGAUUUGCGUGUAAUUUGCCGAUCGGUGACACAAAAGGAUUGAUCUUUACUUGUAAUGAUCCUCUCCACUUUGCCAAGUGGAUAGAAUCUGGAAUGUUUUGUGUGUGAAUUCUGAGUACCAGGAGUUUGAUUCAUUGCCAAUGCACUUGAAAUCUCUGCUUAUACUAGCGUUUCAGAGCUGUCAGCUGUGGGCCAAUUACUUGAAGUUCAAGUCUCCCUGCCAAAAAGCCAUUAACUGCUAUUCAAAUUGGUUCACCUUGGUUUUGUUAUAAGUUAUAACUAAGGUUUGAAAGGUUUGACCAUUGGAUAAUCAGGUCAACUGCUACAAGUAAAGUCAACAGUUGAAAAUGGGUUGAAUCGGUUAGUUGCCGGACCAGCUCCAGGUCCAAUAAGGAAAGCCCAAAAACGGCCCAGGCAAGGCUGCCUCCGUCGUCCCCGAUUCAAUACUCUGCGUCUAGUCUAGUAGUUGGAAGAAUCAGGACGGAGUUGCUGUGCCUGUGAGCUGAUUCCAGAAAUUGCAUCACCGGAAAAUGGCUUCAGGCGAUUAGAAGGAGACGCCGCAUCUAAACCACCGUCGGCCGAGCGACAAUCACCACCUUCUCCUUCGUUCUCCGAGAAUUGGAAGGAGCGUAUAUUACUCCCCACACUUGUCGCAGGUUUUUAUUUUGUUUUCCUUUCUCUUACCUUGUCCGCCUUUACGCGGCCCUUUAUCCGAAAUGGGUCAAAUUGAAGGGCUUCUGGUUUCUUCUUUAUUUGCAGGAGCUGGUGGUGGAGGAUACGGGCUGGUUUCUAAGCAUCGGACAGUACAAGGGUUUCCCCACAUUUCAGCUGCUUGCGCUGCUAAUUUCGCCAUUGUCGCUGGCUGCUACUGCGGUAAUGAUCUUCCCAUCCAUCCUAUUCUCGAAUUUCCUUUGCUUUUGACGAAAACUGCAACAUAGGAAGGGUGUUCCCUUGACCUGAACUUAGGCUAGUUUUCUGGAAGAAUGACAUAGCAAUAAAGCUAUUUUGUUCUAAUUCUUGGGAAGACCCCAUUUUGUUCAUGUUGAUCCCAUCCCACUCUUGAUUUCUUGCGUGGUUGAUGGUGGAAUAGUUUUUCGGUUUCUCUUCGAAUUAGUUGAAUUCACUCUCUUGUUCUGCAUUUCUUUGAAGCAAUAAUAAGCUGGCAUUAACUAGUUACUAUGCCUCACGGUUUGCAAAAAAAUUGUUUGGUCUGUAAUAAGAUCAGAAUUCAGAAGAUUAUCCUGAGAAUCACUUGAAUGGUGUUCUUCAUAAGCAGGUGAAUUAGUUUGCUAAUAAGAUUUCGUUGUUUCGACUGGACGGACGAGUGGGCACCAGGAUCAUUUCGAGAAUUGUAAUAAGCACUGGUGGAAGUAUGUUUUGUGAUCAAAACUCUAUUUUGUCCCCAUGCGUUUAGUUUAGUUCUGUUCCUACACAAUUCUUGAUCUACCCGAUUUACUCCAACGGUUUUAUCUACAGGAGCAAGGGAAUUCGUAAGAGUAACGCGGAAAUCAGGCCCUGAUGAUCUGCUAAACUCUGCCAUUGCUGGUUUCAGUACUGGUGCUCUUCUUGGACGUCUUCAAGGUUAACUCUCACCUCUUUUGCCUCUCUCUUGUCCUUUUUUCCUCCGGGGACAUCCGAUUAUAUUGUUCUUCUCUCUCUCUCUCUCUCUGGACAUCUGAGUGCUUCUGUUUUCUGAGUUGCAGGUGGCCAACUGGGCGCUCUUCGCUACUCAUUCAUCUUCGCUAUUGCUGGGACCUCAGUUGAUUUCGCUACCAUUAAACUAAGACCCAAACUAAGGAGUCUAAAAGAAUCCAUAUUUGGCGACGAGAAAAACAAAGGCGGAGGAUGGAAGUUGCCCGUAUGGUCUCCAAUACAAGUGCUCGACGAGGAUGCUCUGGCCAAGAAAGAAGCUCGAGAGAAACAACUUAAAGCACAAAGAUUAGCUCUGAUCAAGCUAACCAAAGAAGAGUCAUGAAAAAGCAAGAAGACCCCUCUUUUGCCUUUCUGCUCCGAGUUCCUGUUAUUUUUAGAUGCCUGCCUUUGGUUAGCAACCUGCAACCUGUUGAGGAGCUCUCUAAAUCGUUUUUUCUGCAAGCAUUUCCUGCAACAGUAACUCAGCAAGCUGUGAGUUCUCAAUUCUCAUAUUGUACAAAAGAAGUUGCAAGGCCUAAUACAUGACCCGACCUCUGUGAACUGCAUUUUCCCAACAAGAGCUGAAUGUAGCGUGUUAUCUAAGGCAUAAUACAUGGUUACAUCUGGUUCCGGUUUGUUCUUAUGGAUUUGCAUGUUUUUGCCACACAUGGUUACUUCUGCUACCAUCAUCACUCUAACCGCAAACCACCAGAAUUUGGCCAACUUCAGCUGCAGUAGUUCGAAUUUGACUGCCGAUCCAUGGAUUCUGCCGCUUCCCCUAAGAAGAGAAUUGAGAGGAGAGAUUUAAACGGGAAAAAUUAUCAUCAAAUCUCACUCAGGAACUUUCCCCAUGUCUUACAUUGGUGCUAUUCAUUUCCAAACGCCAAGUCUCUGAAACGCAAUCAGAAUUGCAAGCUCCACGCAAUAAGUUGAGUGUCGUUUGGCGUAGACUACAGAGCAAGUUCGGGGCAGGUUAAAGGGGAAUGAAAGAUUUAAACUACAUAACUCAGAGAGGGUUGCCAAAGACCUCUAUCACUAUCCACUAAACUACAACAAAGAACCCUAGUUUACCACCACGACAUAAUCACACAUAAGCAUGCUCAUAGAGCUCGCUGCCCCAGGCAGGGCUCUAGACUGCCCUGCCUAUGAGAGCAGUGACACUAAGGAGACGAACUCCAGGGUGACUCGGCCUUUGGACCUUGUGUUAAUGACGAAAUGCUCGGGGUACCUUCUCAGCAACAUAAGCAAGCCAUACCAUGGUUUCUCCUUGGCUUCUGGGCUCUUCCACUCCUCAGAUGUUAGGUAUCUUCUCACUCGACUAUGAUGCCAGACACUGCCAAACUGUUCCAACAGCUGAAACAGAGGUAGAAGAUUGUAUGAGAUUAUUGAUAAAAGCUUGAGGACUUUGCAUAAUCAUCAGAUCACGAUUAGCUUUUAAGCUGGUUGCACCCACAGAAUAACAAAAUAAAACUGUCCAGCUUCAACACCAUACUUAAGUUGAUUGCAGGCUAAACAUAUCUAACCAAUGGGUAGAAUCAAAGAUAACAAUGAUG